CCCGUGACCCACAAAUGGAUUUGGUGACAACGUGUGAGUGCUGGUGAUAAAGACAAAGUGACAAUAUGAUUCCUUUAAUAUUUGUCGUCGCGUCCGCGCUGCUGGGACAGGCUCGAUCGGGUCCUGUUGAACUUAACUGCAGUGAUAAUGCCACUUGUAUAGAUCACAUGGCGAAGGAGUUUGUAAGAAGUUUGAGAGAGCAGAAAACGAUAAAACUCUUCGAUUUGUUUACGAUUGAACCGUUAGGUAACAGGCAAGGGAGGUCUAAUAAAGAUCCCUUAACAAGAUUGAUAACAACACACGCGAUUAGUUUCGACUGGAACGAUUUCACGUUCAGAUUCUCCAAUCCUGAAGAUAGGAGCGAUGCAUUGGAUUUAGAAGUUUUUGAAAGCAGAAGUGUCAAAGAUGUUUCGGAUGAGGUUCCGAAGAAAUCAAAAGGCAAGGAUGAGGAAGAAGUAAUUGAAGACAAACGAGUUCAUAUUCGGCCGAUCAAGAGAAGGCGACACAGGCGAAAAGUGAUACAGGCGGUAAUCCCUCUACUCUUCGGCAUGAAGUCAGCUGCAGUAGUCAUAUUUGCGUUGUUCAUGGUCUCAGUGAUCACCAUCAAAGCGUUCUUAGCCAGUAAGAUGGCACUGAUGGUCACGGUUGGAAUGGCCCUGAAGAAGUUGUAUGAAAGCUAUGGUACCGGCGUCGGUUUGCAAAACCACCCAUACCUUUACUCACAAUAUCCCAUCGAUUUUCCGAGCGCCUCAUCGCACGCAUACUCCGUUAGCGGAGUGAGCCCACAGUUCGCAUCUCCAGAGAUGUAUAGCCCGACAGGAUUGGCUACACACUCGCACUCACACGAUUUGCUUCAAAACGACGCGAGUGCUCAGCAGUCGCAACAGGCGCCCUCUGUACUUGUGAACUCGACAAGAGCAUCGGAAAGAUGGGACGGGUUCCGGCGACGUCCAAUGUUUUAUGGAACCUCGCGCGCUACUUCAGAAUCCUUUUCGGGAUACCAGAAUCGCCGCUAACCGCUCCAUCCAUGACUAUGCCUAUGUAUGCUUUGCCUCAAAUGCAGAACGAUUUGCAAAGCCACAUGUUUAGCCCAUCGAUGGCUAUGCCAACAGCUCAGUAACAAAAUUGGACAUUGCAUCAAAUUUAUCGGAUCAAGUAGCGUUAUUUAGUUCACAUUCUGCUAAAUGUCAGAUUACCACGUAGCUUCUGCUUGAUCCUGAUAAAUUUACGAUAAUACGUGGUGAUCUGACAUUUAGCAAAGAGUUAUCGCAGGCGCAGUGUUUUAAGUUUCUGGACUGAACUUAAAAAUUGGACUCUCUCUUAAUUCUUGAACUUGAAUGUCCAGAUAAUUUAAGGUACUGCGUUCUUGUUUGAAUAUUUUGAGACUGAAUCUAAAUCCUGUGGUUUAUUAGACUAAUUCUGAGGUAUUAUAAGCGCGAGCCCGUCGACUUUAUUUUUAAAUAGUUACAAUAGUUAAUUUAUUUUAGGUUAUUGUAAUAAGACUUAUUUAUUCAGCACUUAUGUGAAAUAAAAAAUAUAAAAUUGAAA